GGGCCUAGCCCCUGGGUCUCACCUCUUGUGGCAGUACCAAAGCCUAAUGGCGACAUUCGUGUCUGCGUCGACAUGCGUCAAGCAAAUUCUGCAAUAAUCCGUGAACGCCACCCUAUCCCUACUAUCGAAGAAACCCUCCAAGAGUUGCAAGGAGCCACAGUGUUCUCUAAACUAGAUUUACGAUCUGCCUACCACCAAAUUGAACUGCACCCUGAAUCUCGACCAAUUACCACCUUUGCAACCCAAAAGGGCUUAUACCAGUAUACGCGACUGAUGUUUGGUGUCUCCUCAGCACCCGAAGUUUACCAACACAUUAUUCAACAGAUCUUACAAGGUCUUCCUGGUGUGCGAAACAUAUCCAACGACAUCAUUGUUUUCGGUAAAACCAAAGAUGAACACGAUCAAAACCUUAACAAUGUCAUCCAACGUCUACAAGAAUCGGGUCUCACCCUGAACAAGGAUAAGUGCCUUUUUGGUGUUAGCAACCUCACAUUUUUCGGUCACGAAGUGUCAGCAUCUGGGGUCAGUCCCGACACUAAGAAAGUUGAAGCUAUCCGUGAAGCAAGAAUACCCACCAAUGCAGCUGAAGUACGCAGUUUUUUGGGACUUGCCACCUACUGCUCGCGCUUCAUCCCGAAUUUUGCAACUGUUGCCGACCCUCUCCGUCUACUUACUCGGAAAAGCACUCCGUGGCAAUGGAAUUCCAUCCACCAAAACGCGUUCGACACCCUGAAGAAUCUUCUUACUGGCAAUACGGUUAUGGCCCACCACGAUCCCUCGGCUCCAACUCACCUCCGUGUUGAUGCCAGCCCUGUAGGGCUCGGAGCCAUGCUGACCCAAACCCAACAUGGAAUAACUAAGCCUAUUGCCUAUGCCAGUCGCACCCUAUCAAAUGUUGAACGUCGCUAUUCCCAAACCGAAAAAGAGGCUCUCGUUGUAGUUUGGGGAUGCGAGAAAUUCCACCUAUAUCUGUAUGGCACCGAGUUCACAAUAUAUACCGACCACAAACCAUUAGAAAUCAUAUAGAACCCCAAACGCAAACUCCCCGCUCGAAUUGAACGCUGGGCCCUCAGAUUACAACCAUAUCAUUUCAAGAUCCAGUAUAUUCCUGGUGCCGAGAACCCUGCUGAUGUUCUAUCCCGGUUACCACUCCCACACCAACCACAUGUUGAACGGUCCAUUGCCGACGAAUAUGUCAACUACAUCGUUUCAAACAGCGUGCCAAAAGCCAUGACACUAGAACAAAUCGAGAAAGCAUCCCUCGCCGAUCCUAUACUGCAACGCAUCCAUACCUGCAUUACAUCCGGAACAUGGCCAAAAGAACCAGAUCUCAGACCAUACAUGCAAGUUAACAGCGAACUGUGUGUCCAAAAUGGCAUCAUCCUUCGUGGAACACGAAUCGUCAUUCCAUUUGACUUACAGAAACCUACAUUAGAGCUCGCCCAUCAAGGUCAUCAGGGCAUCGUGAAAACGAAGCAACUUCUCCGCCAAAAAGUUUGGUGGCCAGGAAUAGACAAAGAUGUUGAUAAAAUGAUCAGUCAAUGCCUUCCCUGCCAGGCUCAAGGACCAAAAACCAAUCCCGAACCUCUCCACAUGUCGACGAUGCCAACUGAACCCUGGCAUACCCUCCAUAUUGACCUCUGUGGUCUUUUCCCACCGGCGAAUCACUCCUAGUCUUAGUUGAUGCAUGUUCUCGUUGGCCCGCGGUCGAAAUAUUGAGUUCUACUACAGCCACUACCAUUAUCAAUCGUUUAGAGAACAUAUUUUCCCAGUUUGGUUACCCUGAAGAAAUGGUAUCAGACAACGGCCCUCAGUUUACUUCCCACGAGUUCAAAUCAUUCCUACACAGUUGUGGUAUUAAACACCGCCUUAUUACACCAUACUGGCCUGCUGCGAAUGCCACUGUUGAACGAUUCAACAAAACGUUAGGAAAAGCUGUCAAAGCUGCUCACGCGGAAGGUCGCAAUUGGAAACAAGAACUACCCAAAUUUUUUAUGAUGUAUAGAGCAACACCUCAUAUAUCUACUGGCAUCUCUCCCGCCGAGCUGUUUUUUGGUCGCAGAAUUAAAACAAAAUUGCCUCAUAUCCGUGUAGACCAGCCAAGUCCGACCCUAGAAGCUGCUUGUGAACAUGAUCACAACCACAAACAACGCACAAAAGAAUAUGCUGACAAGACCCAACAUGCCAUCUCGUCUACGAUAAAGGAGGGAGAUGUCGUGCUGUUAAAAGAACUAAAGAAAAACAAACUGUCCUCCUCGUAUGAUCCACAACCAUAUACUAUAAUCAAGAAGAAAGGACCAAGCGUAUUCUUAAAACGUGGAGACGAACCGUGCAUCAUGCAAAAUGUUUCGUUUGUCAGGAAAUUGCCGACACCGAACGAGAAAAGAUCAGAUCAAAAACGUUGUACUUCUCGAACAGGUGAACAACAUCAAACCAAGCCAACGGAGAGACAGCCUGUACGUGGACACAAGCUACCAGCACGGUUGAAAGACUUUGUCUUGGAUUAA